CGCCCUUCUACAUUUUUUACCUUCCUCCUACAGUAUGACACUAUUGCCAGACGGUCACCAUACGAUGAAAAGUAUCCCUGGAGUUUGUUCGUCUGUCAUUAGUAGAAUUACAUCACUGUCAAUCUGAAGAAGAGAAAACAGACCAGCAAAAACAUAUUACUAACUGUCACGAUAGUCGGAACAGAGAGACCGGGAUCCAGGUAUGCAAACCGUCAAGCGCUUUAUUUGGAUAAACCAAACAGAGGCACCGAAAGGGACGGGCAAGUGGCAAGGUCGAAAGACAAGCAGGGAGGUCGUAAGCCGGGGAGUCAGUCCUACAGGGAAACACGAGACAAGAUCACACGGGGUAGCGGGAACAGGACGAGCCGGAGCAGGCAGGGUAGACGGGUCUGGAACGGGAGAGAGAGAGGUAAGGAGAGGACACGAGGCAAACAGGCAGGGUUAGGUUUCAGGGAGAGACGAUCGACAAGAAAGUGCUCGGUAUGGCUUCUAAACAUCAGCGCAAUACUUCGCAAUGGGGCGUCUCCAUGAACAACCUGAAUGACCCCCCAGGAUGGAACAUCAGACCCGAUGAGCGAGGGGACGGGGGCAGUAAUAAAUGGAAUUACGCCCUUCUUGUACCCCUGCUCAGCUUGGCUGCAUUUCGGUGGAUUUGGACCAGAGAGUCUCAGAGGGAAAUCCAGCAGGCAAAAGACCAGUAUAACAAAGACAUGAAAGCUGUGACCAGCGAGCUGGAAGGGAAGUACCGCAAGACCCUGACUGAGAGCCGCAGGACAGCAGCCCAUCUGGAGCUGGAGUUGGAGAAAGAGCAUCACCGUGUUCAAGGCUACCGUGAGGCCAUGGCCUCACAAAGCCGGCAGCUGCUGGAGGAGCGAAAGCGACUGCAGCGAGAGCGAGAGGCUGUGGAGGCAGAGAAGACGAGGCUCCUGCAGACCGGGGCGGCCGGUGCCGUCUUCCAGAGCAUGCUGGAGAAGGAGAACAUGUGGGAGCUGAGGGCCAAGGCUCUGCUGAAAGAGUUCGAGCAGGGCCUGGUGGAGCGGCAGGACGCCUACUGCAGUGUCCUCCUCCCCCGAGACCGACGGCUGGAGAUAGAGAAGAACCUUCUGGUCAAGGCGGCCAAGGAACCCUUGGCCGUGGAGCUGAACAUGGAAGGUGACCUCAAGGACAUAUUCAGGAACGAUCGGCACUGCGCUGACCUCAUGAACACAGACAAGCGCAAGAACGGCAGCCUGAUGUGGGUCUACCUGAGAUACUGGCAGCUGCAGGUGACGCUGCAGAAACACAGGAGGGCGAAGCGGUCGAUGGGUGUCACUCAGCCAGACCAGGACCCAGCUGGGAGCAGGACGAGAACUUAACCAAGGACACCAAAGGAGAUGUUUCUCAAGACAAGGCGGGGAAAACGGCGUGGCUGGUGCUUUGUGUUGCUGUUUUACUGUCCAGUGCACUUUACUGUAACAGGAAGGUGUUGUGGUUCAUUUGGCGAAUAAUGGCAAAUAAGCAUUUAUGUACAAAUGUAGCUGCAUUUUUAGACAGACUCAAAACUGCAACUGAAAAUACAAACAUGGACCCAAAACCACCGACCUUCACUACAGAUCAUAUACAAGAAGUCCAGUGCCACAUGAGAUCAUAGGUGUAUUACCAGUUAACUCUUAAAUCAUGGUUAAAAUAAGACAGACAUCUGAAGUGGAUGAUGCCAGAGGUGUGAUGUUGUACCUUUGAGCUGUACUAUCAAUAUGUCAACAGAAUUCCUGGUUAGGGUGUGUGCUGUGGUAAAUUAUAAAUGAUAAAAUUA